AGUCGUUAUGAGUAUGACCUCGUCAACAAGAUUGAUACGGCAACCAAGAUGUUCAUCACCGCCAAGAUAUUUUUAUAGUCAUUUCUAUCUUCUCGAUGAGUUAUAAUUUAUAUUAUAUACGUCAGUGACGUAUACGACGAUCUCCUCCCUGAAAGGAGGUCGAUAACGUGCAAUAGACUAGUAUUCCAUACAGGGGACGUAUAAAUACACCCAUUAGCUGCACACUACAGUGGUUGAGCUUUUUCCUCGAUUGUCAAACGUUAUCGGUGACGAGCCUCAUCACGAGAUUGAAUAGCUUGAACACGGCAACUCUAUGAAAAUAGUCAGUUAUUCGCGUAAGGGUUUCUGUCUGUCUAACCAUAACUACACAUGAGGAUAAAAUGAAGGUCUUAGUGGGGUUAACCACUGGCCGUACCACAGCCAAAACAAUAAACCGUUAAGCGCAACAAUUGACAAAUUUUAACCGUUAGUCGUGAAGAAAGGUAACCAUAAAAAAUUGCGGGUGACAGCAAUGGGAACAUGUUAUUCGUUAGCCUUAAAUUGGCCAAAAUUUUACCGUUUAGCUGUAAAAGCCGUCAGCAUGAUGAGACCCUCUAAUAUGCACACGUUAAGCCUUUAUCACUCAAGCUUCUUCAAUGAAUGAGCUUAAUUAUUUUUUUUUUCUUAUGUGCAUUGUCAUUUUGAUGAAUUGAUAUAUUAACGUUACCCAGGAAACUGGCUAUUUUGAGUGGUUAUGUUGCUCGUAUUUAGUGGCUUCGCUUAAAAUUUAUCUGUCUUUCCUUUUAAAUAGAAAUAAACCUCGUAAAUCUUAGUUACACCAUGACAUCAAUUAAAAUUUUAUAAGGGUCGCAAUGGUGCGAUGGCUCUUACGGCCAGCGGUUUAAGAUUUGGCCCUUUUUGUGGCGUACGGUUUUUUUCCCCGUUGCAAUGAAAGAAAUAUUUUUUGGUUAACUUCUUUCACGACUAGCGGUUAACAUCUGUUAAUUUUUACGCCUAACGAUUAAUUCUUUUUUGUCGCUUUAUCAUUGAAACCCUCUUAUAUAGACUACCUAGAGGGGUCGCAUUCUGCUUCGCUUUACGUUUAAUAAUCAAUUUAAAUUCUAGAAAAUUUCUUUUGCUUUUUCCUGUCAGCUGGGAUCGGUAGACAUUUUCACUUGCAAUGGAUUGAGGAAUUAAACUGUAAUAAGAGAACAUUGUCCGCUUUUUGCCUGAAAGUUCUUCGUAUUAGGUUCAAUAUUUAGAGAAGAAACGGCGGUAACGAGGAAACUGAACAAUUCAAGGUCGAGAAGGUGCCAAUCGCGCGUGCGUUCAUAAAUCGCCACGUGGCCUUGUCCUUUCGAAUGCAAAUUUCCUUUAAACAAAACUUACUUUGAAUAUUACUCCAACCAGACAUGGAGGAAAUCGUUUGACACCCUCAGAACCUUUACAUAGCGUGAGGCUCGCUUGUUUUGCUCCAGUACACGACUCGACAAAUUUGGCCCUAUUUCUGCCCCUUGAAGCGUGAACAACGACGCUAAGAUGCGCCUUUUGACCGUAAUUUUUGCGCUGUGUUUACACUUGAUACCUGCAAAUAGCCGCCAUCUGCAAUUUCAACUUAGCGGCUUCGAAUGCUUCUACGAGGACCUGGUGGAAAACACGGAAUGUUCGCUGGAAUAUGCACCUAUCACCGGCGCCGAUCCUCGCAUAGACGUGUACAUCGAAGGACCCGACAGCGACGUUAUUUACAAAGAAGAAAAGAAGGACUAUGAUCUCCACAAAUUUAACGUUACCAUGAACGGAACGUACGCAAUCUGCUUCAGUAACGUUUUUGACUUCUCUAUUGGCGAAAAUCUUGUUUACUUCGAUCUAGUCAAAGGGAAUGAAGACGAAUUGGGCUAUGAUGGAGUCAGCGGAACACAAACAGCCUUGACUCUCUUCGAGAAGUCUUUCCUAAAUAUUCACGAAAAUAUGAACUUGAUCGAGAGAUAUCAAAAUUAUUACAGGUUACGAGAAGCAAACACCCGAAUGGCCGCCGAAUAUUUAAAGCAAAGAGUUCAGUGGUGGUCAGUAGGACAAUCAUUUGUCAUUGUUUCGGUUGGUAUUGCUCAAGUUUACGUACUACGUAGAUUUUUUACUGUUUCAAAAGAGGAUCUCUGAACAACAACAAAAAAAUUAUCCGCUCUUGUAUUUGCAUCAUUGACAGAUGUUCAUUGUGUGCGUCGUUUGAUUAUUUCGCUCAUCUCCAGCUGACUUCACUCCAGCUGACCUUAAACACUUCACACAUUUAAAAUAUAAGAUCAAUAAAACAUUCCAAAAAAUUGGACUCUCUUACUCAGCAAUCGUAUCGAUAGAGUAUUGGUAUGGUUAUAUGUUUACAUUGAUUAUUCAUAAGAGGUAAAAUCACCAUGGCUAACUGGUUAUUGAUGUAGCACUUUAAGUUAAGACUAAUUUAACUUGACAUCAAACCUAUAUACGGGAAAAUUCCUAUUAAUUCAAAAUAAUUUUAAUUUGUUUCCUGUUGUAGCUGUAUUGUUUUUAUUCAUUGUUAACUUCAUGAUGAAGAGGUAUUAGUGAUAUCGAUGUUAAUUCAGUAAAGUGACAGGGGGGGUUUCUUUUUUUUGGCGUGCGAUGGUACAGUUUGAAGUUUGACGGAAAGACGAGCCAGGUAAUGGUUCUUAAAAAAGUGAUGAUUAUGGAGUCAGCUCUGAGAGAAUCAUUUUUGAUAAUAUUAAGGAAUUUUAUGGUCAGUGUUUUAAAUUGUCAUUCAGUAACAACAUAAUUUAGACCAUUGAAUGAGAUAAGGAUGAGGAUCCACAGACGAAUUGAUCUUCUUACGUAGGGAGGAAAAUGUGUUUUGUUUGUUGUCACUUGCAUCACGCUUUUGAACACACCACUUACUAUACGCUGACGAUGAGUUUAACUGCAACUGAUGCUUGUCGGAUUAAGUUUAGUAGCUUAAAAGUGAAGAUAUUAGAGUUCUUAGGCAGUUCGGGAGGUCAUUGACAGUCAAAAAACCUUAAAAUCUUGAAAAAUGUCUCAAUUAGUCGUCUUCUAGCAUAUUCUCUGGCCUGUUGUAAAAUAGGUAGUCGCAGUAAUAACGAUCAGCCUGAGAAUGCACUUCUUUUCGGCUUGGUAGGAUAAAGCGAUUUUAGGUAUCUAAACUUUGCUUUGGAGGAAGGCGGCUUAUAUGGCUAAGAUGCCUAAGUGGGCAGAAUGACGAAGUAAGUAGAGGGAAAGUCAUGUAAACCUGCAAUGAUUUAAUUUCAUUUUGUUUUCUCGCCCAAAUCACUCGACAGGGAAGCGUUGAUCCUUCUAUGCAGCAGGAAUGAAAGCUGAUGCAAGGAGAACUAUGCACCAGCAAUGAAAACUUUUCAAGGAAAACUAGCUAAAGUGCGAUUUCCUUUAGAGAAAAUCUCUCCAAGUGCCAAAGAGAAGUCAACUUCUCUCGAAAUUUUUUCUCAGUUUUAUUUCUUGAAAAGUCCCCUUGCUCGAAAUCUGAAUCAAAAGUUAUUUGGAGAGGGACACUCAAGGAAAAGGAUCAAUUAAUUACUCAAGCAACCACUUCUGCCACAAGAAGAGUAGCUCAAUAUAUUUUUGCUCCCACUGAAUUACCGAGACCUUCACAGCGUCGUCGAAUUAAAAAACGCGGAAACAAUUAGGCGUGAGAGACCUCAAUUUUCACGAAGAUCGACUCAAAGCAAGCCGAUCUUACAUCAGAUAAGUGCCGGGGACAAAAUCAGUUCUUUCUUUGCUACAAAUCAUGCUGUGCUAAUUUCCGAAGGAUCACGCUAACAAAGGAAGUAAUACAAAGUAUCAUAAGAGAGCAGAAUAAAUUACGCCGUUUUAUUUCAAGCCAAUUAAAGUAUGACGUCUUGA